CGCAAUGAUACAUUGGCAAGGUGAGCAAGAUGGGCGGGGCUUGGCUUGCGCUGGUUGGAAGAGCCGCGGUUUUGAGGGUUCGGUGGAAUCUCUUCGCAGUAGAUUGAAGGAUAAUCAGAAUGCAGACUCCAGUAACUCUUCUGGCUUCACCAGCUCUGCUCCGCUGUUGUUCUCGAAUUCUAACUAGGCCAGUUUCCCUAUCUUUAUUGAGCAGGCCUGAGACUCAAACUGUGCAGCCUUUUGGCUUUUCCAUUCAUCAGCUGGCUAAUCGGGAAAUCCAAACCAGCUCUGUCUCCUGUGAUAUUGAUACAGCUGCUAAGUUCAUUGGUGCUGGUGCUGCUACGGUGGGAGUAGCUGGUUCAGGUGCUGGGAUUGGAACAGUGUUUGGCAGUUUAAUCAUUGGUUAUGCCAGGAACCCAUCCCUCAAGCAGCAAUUGUUUUCUUAUGCUAUCCUAGGUUUUGCCCUUUCGGAAGCCAUGGGGCUCUUCUGUUUGAUGGUGGCGUUCUUGAUUCUGUUUGCCAUGUAAAAAGCUCUGCUGUCCUCUCUCUCAGUUUAAGCCUGCUUCUCUCACUGAAAUGUUAGAAAUAUAAACAAACUUUAAAUAAAUAUAAUUCAAGUUUU